AUGGCCGGCCUCGGGAAUGAUUCUGUGGCAUCGUUGCGGCAGGCAGACUCGACUCUGGUGGCCCUCGGGGAUGCAGGGGCUGCAGCGUUUCAGGAUCACCAUUGGUACAUGGUGGGACGAUUGUUGGCACCGAAAACGGGUUUUCCAAGUUUCAAGGGUACCAUCUCCAAUAUCUGGCAUCUCAGAUCAGGCCUUACCAUUCAAGAUGCUGGUGAGCGGUUUGUGUUUCAAUUUGAGGACGAGUCUGUGCGCAAUCGCAUUAUGCAUGGGGGUCCUUGGUUUUAUCGCAACACGAUGCUAGUUGUGGGAGACUAUGAUGGACUUUGCCUGCCGGAGACGGUGGCUUUGAAUAUGAUGGAGACAUGGGUGGUGGUGCGGGGUCUUCCUCUUGCCCUGCGGAACAAGGUAGCGCUUAAUAUGGUGGGUGCGACACUAGGGCAGGCGGUUAGGAUGGAUCUGACAGCUCUGAAAAGGAAGGAAGAAGAGCAGAGGAUCAAGGUCGUGUUUGAUGUUCGCCACCGGAUUCGAUCUUGGAAAGUGGUUGAAUUUUCUCCGGUGGUGCGACCAGAGUUAACUUUCAUAUAUGAGAAGGUUAAGGGCUAUUGUCGUGAUUGUGGUUUGUUUAUCCAUAAUGCGAUGGGCUGUGAUACAAUAUUGAUCAAAGAAAAGGAGGAGCUUUAG